AUGGGGGAUGACGAGAAGCCACUGCUGACUCGGCGUCAGGUCCGCGCGAUUCUCGAGAAGCACGCCACCCUCCUCGGGGAGAUCUCAGAAGACGGCCAGCUGCUGCCCGUUGCCGCGGGCGGCGCCGGCGGCCGCGGCAGCUCGACGUCGCCCUCCAAGCCCUACGGCCCCGCGUCGCGCGAGCGGGAGGACGGGCGGCCGGGGGAGCGGCGCGUGCUGCUGCUGGAGACGCGGCUGCUGGCGGACGUGGUGCUGGUGGGGCUGCCCAACGUCGGCAAGAGCAGCCUCGUGGCCGCGCUGACCGGCGCGAGGGCGCAGGUAGGAGGCGGGGGCGGGAUGCCCGCGGCCCCUCCUCGUCACCCCCCCCCUGGGGCCCCCAAGCCCCGGCUCCUCCACUGCUUCGCAACCGCCUGA